UAAAUGAAGAAAACAAAUCAGAUGAUGAGGUAUUCAGUGGUGCAGACUCUAGUAAAACUCUGCCUGUAAACUCUCUCCUUCCUGAUCCCUUGACCUGGACUUGAAUAAACAGGAUGAAGAUUAUCUCUGUGCUGACCAGUGAACCAGUCUGGGUUGCAGCACCUCUGGUGUAUUGAGUGUAUACAGGGAGAGGUGGCUGGUACAAUGCAGGAUGAAGAUUGUCUCUGUGCUCACCAGUGAACCAGUCUGGGUUGCAGCACCUCUGGUGUAUUGAGUGUAUACAGGGAGAGGUGGCUGGUACAAUGCAGGAUGAAGAUUGUCUCUGUGCUCACCAGUGAACCAGUCUGGGUUGCAGCACCUCUGGUGUAUUGAGUGUAUACAGGGAGAGGUGGCUGGUACAAUGCAGGAUGAAGAUUGUCUCUGUGCUCACCAGUGAACCAGUCUGGGUUGCAGCACCUCUGGUGUAUUGAGUGUAUACAGGGAGAGGUGGCUGGUACAAUGCAGGAUGAAGAUUGUCUCUGUGCUCACCAGUGAACCAGUCUGGGUUGCAGCACCUCUGGUGUAUUGAGUGUAUACAGGGAGAGGUGGCUGGUACAAUGCAGGAUGAAGAUUGUCUCUGUGCUCACCAGUGAACCAGUCUGGGUUGCAGCACCUCUGGUGUAUUGAGUGUAUACAGGGAGAGGUGGCUGGUACAAUGCAGGAUGAAGAUUGUCUCUGUGCUCACCAGUGAACCAGUCUGGGUUGCAGCACCUCUGGUGUAUUGAGUGUAUACAGGGAGAGGUGGCUGGUACAAUGCAGGAUGAAGAUUGUCUCUGUGCUCACCAGUGAACCAGUCUGGGUUGCAGCACCUCUGGUGUAUUGAGUGUAUACAGGGAGAGGUGGCUGGUACAAUGCAGGAUGAAGAUUGUCUCUGUGCUCACCAGUGAACCAGUCUGGGUUGCAGCACCUCUGGUGUAUUGAGUGUAUACAGGGAGAGGUGGCUGGUACAAUGCAGGAUGAAGAUUGUCUCUGUGCUCACCAGUGAACCAGUCUGGGUUGCAGCACCUCUGGUGUAUUGAGUGUAUACAGGGAGAGGUGGCUGGUACAAUGCAGGAUGAAGAUUGUCUCUGUGCUCACCAGUGAACCAGUCUGGGUUGCAGCACCUCUGGUGUAUUGAGUGUAUACAGGGAGAGGUGGCUGGUACAAUGCAGGAUGAAGAUUGUCUCUGUGCUCACCAGUGAACCAGUCUGGGUUGCAGCACCUCUGGUGUAUUGAGUGUAUACAGGGAGAGGUGGCUGGUACAAUGCAGGAUGAAGAUUGUCUCUGUGCUCACCAGUGAACCAGUCUGGGUUGCAGCACCUCUGGUGUAUUGAGUGUAUACAGGGAGAGGUGGCUGGUACAAUGCAGGAUGAAGAUUGUCUCUGUGCUCACCAGUGAACCAGUCUGGGUUGCAGCACCUCUGGUGUAUUGAGUGUAUACAGGGAGAGGUGGCUGGUACAAUGCAGGAUGAAGAUUGUCUCUGUGCUCACCAGUGAACCAGUCUGGGUUGCAGCACCUCUGGUGUAUUGAGUGUAUACAGGGAGAGGUGGCUGGUACAAUGCAGGAUGAAGAUUGUCUCUGUGCUCACCAGUGAACCAGUCUGGGUUGCAGCACCUCUGGUGUAUUGAGUGUAUACAGGGAGAGGUGGCUGGUACAAUGCAGGAUGAAGAUUGUCUCUGUGCUCACCAGUGAACCAGUCUGGGUUGCAGCACCUCUGGUGUAUUGAGUGUAUACAGGGAGAGGUGGCUGGUACAAUGCAGGAUGAAGAUUGUCUCUGUGCUCACCAGUGAACCAGUCUGGGUUGCAGCACCUCUGGUGUAUUGAGUGUAUACAGGGAGAGGUGGCUGGUACAAUGCAGGAUGAAGAUUGUCUCUGUGCUCACCAGUGAACCAGUCUGGGUUGCAGCACCUCUGGUGUAUUGAGUGUAUACAGGGAGAGGUGGCUGGUACAAUGCAGGAUGAAGAUUGUCUCUGUGCUCACCAGUGAACCAGUCUGGGUUGCAGCACCUCUGGUGUACUGAGUGUAUACAGGGAGAGGUGGCUGGUACAAUGCAGGAUGAAGAUUGUCUCUGUGCUCACCAGUGAACCAGUCUGGGUUGCAGCACCUCUGGUGUAUUGAGUGUAUACAGGGAGAGGUGGCUGGUACAAUGCAGGAUGAAGAUUGUCUCUGUGCUCACCAGUGAACCAGUCUGGGUUGCAGCACCUCUGGUGUAUUGAGUGUAUACAGGGAGAGGUGGCUGGUACAAUGCAGGAUGAAGAUUGUCUCUGUGCUCACCAGUGAACCAGUCUGGGUUGCAGCACCUCUGGUGUAUUGAGUGUAUACAGGGAGAGGUGGCUGGUACAAUGCAGGAUGAAGAUUGUCUCUGUGCUCACCAGUGAACCAGUCUGGGUUGCAGCACCUCUGGUGUAUUGAGUGUAUACAGGGAGAGGUGGCUGGUACAAUGCAGGAUGAAGAUUGUCUCUGUGCUCACCAGUGAACCAGUCUGGGUUGCAGCACCUCUGGUGUAUUGAGUGUAUACAGGGAGAGGUGGCUGGUACAAUGCAGGAUGAAGAUUGUCUCUGUGCUCACCAGUGAACCAGUCUGGGUUGCAGCACCUCUGGUGUAUUGAGUGUAUACAGGGAGAGGUGGCUGGUACAAUGCAGGAUGAAGAUUGUCUCUGUGCUCACCAGUGAACCAGUCUGGGUUGCAGCACCUCUGGUGUAUUGAGUGUAUACAGGGAGAGGUGGCUGGUACAAUGCAGGAUGAAGAUUGUCUCUGUGCUCACCAGUGAACCAGUCUGGGUUGCAGCACCUCUGGUGUAUUGAGUGUAUACAGGGAGAGGUGGCUGGUACAAUGCAGGAUGAAGAUUGUCUCUGUGCUCACCAGUGAACCAGUCUGGGUUGCAGCACCUCUGGUGUAUUGAGUGUAUACAGGGAGAGGUGGCUGGUACAAUGCAGGAUGAAGAUUGUCUCUGUGCUCACCAGUGAACCAGUCUGGGUUGCAGCACCUCUGGUGUAUUGAGUGUAUACAGGGAGAGGUUGCUGGUACAAUGCAGGAUGAAGAUUGUCUCUGUGCUCACCAGUGAACCAGUCUGGGUUGCAGCACCUCUGGUGUACUGAGUGUAUACAGGGAGAGGUGGCUGGUACAAUGCAGGAUGAAGAUUGUCUCUGUGCUCACCAGUGAACCAGUCUGGGUUGCAGCACCUCUGGUGUAUUGAGUGUAUACAGGGAGAGGUGGCUGGUACAAUGCGGGAUGAAGAUUGUCACAAUUUAACGCAGCAUAUUUGCAUUGAAUAGUUGCAGUUUCACACACAUGUACUGUUCCUUACAAUGAUUCUUGUACCACCUUUUAGCACAGUUUAGUGCUUCUUCUGUAUAUGGUGGAGUAUUACUCAGCACAGCAGCUCAUGAUUGAAAUGGGUACCCAUGGUAUAAUACCUGCUGGAUGAGAAAGUAAAUGAAUAGGUUUUCCAUCAGGCUGCCCAGGUUUCCUGUAAGUGUUGACCUAGCGGUUAAUAAGUGAACAGUGUCAACAGGGCUGCCUGCCUCCCACCUCUGUUACCACACAGCUGGAGCCAGCUGCCAGGAUCUGUGCAAACAUUGCGCCGCACUGAGAGCAAACCUGAAAUGCAUUCAAGUCUUUCAUAUGAGUGCUGCUCUUUAUUUACCAGGAAGCUCACUCGGUGGCACUGAUGAUACUGCUGGAGAGGCAGCUGUCUGAUUCAUACAGGACUCAGGUGGCACUGAUACUGCUGGAGAGGCAGCUGUCUGAUUCAUACAGGACUCAGGUGGCACUGAUACUGCUGGAGAGGCAGCUGUCUGAUUCAUACAGGACUCAGGUGGCACUGAUACUGCUGGAGAGGCAGCUGUCUGAUUCAUACAGGACUCAGGUGGCACUGAUACUGCUGGAGAGGCAGCUGUCUGAUUCAUACAGGACUCAGGUGGCACUGAUACUGCUGGAGAGGCAGCUGUCUGAUUCAUAAAGGACUCAGGUGGCACUGAUACUGCUGGAGAGGCAGCUGUCUGAUUCAUACAGGACUCAGGUGGCACUGAUACUGCUGGAGAGGCAGCUGUCUGAUUCAUACAGGACUCAGGUGGCACUGAUACUGCUGGAGAGGCAGUUGUCUGAUUCAUACAGGACUCAGGUGGCACUGAUACUACUGGAGAGGCAGUUGUCUGGGUUCCUGCAGGACACUGGCGAAGCAGAAGAUGGCUGUGAAAGGAAUGAGAGGACAGAGUUACUUAGCAGUAGCACUGCAGAGUAUCCAGAAUAGAAGGCAGGUUUUCACAGGAACAACUGCAGGAGAUUCUUUGAAAAGGGAUCGGGGUGCUAUGUAGGACAAUUUAAAGUUAAUGUAAAAUGUUUGCACCAGUUUCUAGCUGGCUGUAGUGUAUGCCCAAUGCUUUCCCUCGUCUCCACUCUCCCACUGUAGCGUAUGCCCAAUGCUUUCCCUCGUCUCCACUCUCCCACUGUAGUGUAUGCCCAAUGUUUUCCCUCGUCAUCACUCUCCCACUGUAGCAUAUGCCCAAUGCUUUCCCUCGUCAUCACUCUCCCACUGUAGCAUAUGCCCAAUGCUUUCCCUCGUCUCCACUCUCCCGCUGUAGGGUCUCUCUCUUGCUGGGUGAGGAUGCCAGGCUUGCUGAACUGCUCCUCCUGGGCUCCUCUGCUGCUCAAAGCCUCUUGUGUGAAGUCCUGUGCCAAUGGCUACUUCCUGGGCCUCAACGCCCAGCUCACCUACACCAACCCCGACAGCGAGCCCAUGGAAGGGUUGGAGAGCCCCACUCACGCCCUGAGAGCUGACGGGGACCCCAGUGCCAAGUCUGCCUCCGCCACCUACAUCACACUGGCUGAAGAGCACCCCUACAACUGCAACCUGGAGAUCAUCCUGCACCUGAGCGAGCCUCAUACCCCCCAUGUGUUGCUGGAGGAGGGGCGGCUCACCUUCCAGGAGUACGAACAGCACAUCCGCGCCCGGAGAGACUUCAUCCACUGCAGCAGGAAGGAGGCUGAGUCAGACAAGAGGCUGGAAUUCGUGCGGAAGCGCUUCCACAAGGACAUCUUGUUGAACCCGGUCCUGAUGCUGAACUUCUGCCCAGACCUGCGUGGAGCCCCUGGCGACCUCCACAGGGUCACGCGGGAACUGGUGUUCCUCGUCGAUCGGAGCGGCAGCAUGAGUGGAGCCAACAUCCACAAGAUCAAGGAGGCGAUGAUCGUGGCUAUCAAGAGCCUGCCACCUGGGACCCUGCUGAACAUCGUGGGCUUCGGAUCUACCAUCAAGACUCUCUUCUCCACCAGCAGGGUUUGCAGUGAGGACACCCUCUCCUUGGCCUGCGAGUACCUUCAGAAGAUGAGAGCUGAUAUGGGCAGCACCAACAUCCUGGGGGCUCUGAGCUGGGUGUUCCAGCAGCCAGUGCACCGGGGAUACCCCCGGCAACUCUUCAUCCUCACCGACGGCAAGGCCAGCAAUGCAGGCAAGGUGAUCGAGCUGGUGAGGAGGCAUGCCAGCACUGCCAGGUGCUUCAGUGUAGGGCUGGGUCCACACACCUGCCCUCGGCUGCUGAGGGGCGUGUCCAGGGUGACAGGCGGGACAGCAGAGUUCCUCAGUGAUAGUGAGAGGGUGGAGCCCAAGCUCAUCAAAUCUCUGAAGAAAGCUUUGGAACCAGCCCUCAGCGAUGUGCGGAUAGACUGGUACGUGCCAGACAAUGUGGAGGCCUUGCUCUCGCCCAAUGAGAUUGCUCCUUUGUACCCAGGGGACCGCCUCAUUGGAUACUGCACGGUUUACGAUGUUUCUGCCUUUCAGAGCAAGAAGGCUGGUUCGAAGGCACGGGGCUCAAAGGAGCAAGCACAGGGCUCAGUCAGAUCCGUGUCCCAGGAUGACCUGCCUGCCCCCUCGGCUGGAGAGGGGUGCCGCCCCUCCGAGCGCAGCGACAUUGAGGAGGCCCUGUGUGAGAUCUCCCAUGAGAUUUCAUCUGAGUUCUCCUGCGCCAGCAUGGCAGACACAGGAGUGCGGUUCGGUCCUCGCAGGAGUUCUCGUCCAGGGAGCCGCCGUCAGAGAGUGUACUCCGUGGGUCUGGGGCGCCGGCCGUCCAACCGGGACUCUGAGGAGCUGGACGAUGCCUUCGCACCCACAGAAAGAGAUGACACUCCAGCCUCUCCCUGCAGCAUGACCUCCUGUGACAGCAGUCUAGGGGGCAGCUGCUACCCGGACAGUCCCUCCGCCAUGUCUGUGCGAUCGCAGCCCUUGCUGGACAGCAAGUCUGUGGAGAGCUUCUUUGGGUCCAGGUUUCGGGGCUUCAGUUCUUCAGGAAAGCCACCACCCCUCAAACCGCAGUGUGUCUCAGCUGAGAUGGAGGAGUCUCCUAAGACGGAGACCACAGACUACCUCUCUCUGGUGCAUCUUCAGCUGGCUUCAGGGGCAUUCCUCUUGAAUAAUCUCUUCUCUGAGCAGGUCCAGAUACCCCUGGAGCGUCUGAAGAGAGCAUCUCCCUUCUCCAGCCACCGCUCCAGCCUCAGCCCCACAUCCCGCUGCACCUCCCCACGGGCAGCAGCAGGCAGCACCCCCAAACCCACACUUUCCCAGCAGGAGCCUGGGAGCCUUAAAACCAACAACCCCAAAACCACUGGGGGUCCCUUUACUGAGGGGGGCGCCAUCGCCCUCCUUGACCCUGCACUGACCUCGGUUCCAGAUUUCAAUGGGGCACUGCAACAGGCGGACAGUGGGCGCGGCUCAGAAACAGAUGUGUUCGAGGGCUCCCUUGUCCAAUCAGAGGCUGGCGUGGCGCCCUUCGACCUCUCCAGCGAGCAGCAGGCAGAGAGGGACCUGGUGAGCUCAAGCUGGGCGACGGCAGUGGCGCUGGCCUGGCUGGAGCACCGCCGCGCUGGCUUCUUCGUGGAGUGGGAGCUGGUCGCCGCCAAGGCCGACUCCUGGCUGCGCGCCCAGCAGCUGCCCGAGGGCAUGGACCAAGCUGGCCUGAAGGGGGCAGCAUGCCAGAAACGCACACUGUCCCCUCGCACUGGAGUCCCGUUUGGGUCAGGGAGCUCCUUAACUCUGAAUCGUGGGCUCAACGAGAGCACAGCGGCAAUGCAACUGAAACGCACACUGUCCCCUCGCACUGGAGUCCCGUUUGGGUCAGGGAGCUCCUUAACUCUGAAUCGUGGGCUCAACGAGAGCACAGCGGCAAUGCAACUGAAACGCACACUGUAGGAAAAGCACAGCUCUUUUCUAUUGAGUUUUUCUAAAUCUCCCCCCCCC